AUGGGAAAUACUGUUAAUAAAAAAAUAAAUUCCAUAAAUGAAGAAACUACGACAAAAAGAAAAAAUAACUCUGGAAAAAAGUAUAAUAUUUUAAUUUUAGGCCUUAAUGGGUCAGGUAAAACAACACUAUUAUAUCAUAAUUUUAUUCCAGAAUGGACAAAUAUUACUUCUCAUAUGGAACCAACAAUUUCUUAUCAUUAUGAAGAAGUCAAAUGGAUAAAUGGAACAAUUGGUUUUUGGGAUAUUUCAGGGAAUCCAAUAAUGAGAAAUAUUUGGCAAUUAAUAUAUAGAAACGUAAAAGUAAAUGCAAUCUUAUAUGUUAUUAAUAUAAUGGAUAUAUCGGAUGAAAUUAUUACAGAAAAUAACAUGUUAAUAAGUCUUUUAUUGAAUGACGAAUGUUUACAAGCAUCUUGUGUUGUUUUAGUUUUUAAUACUUUUAAUGAUGUGAAAAACAUAGAAGAUACUUUUAAAAAUGAAUUAUUAAUUAAAUAUAAAAUUAAAGAUUUAAUUAAUGAUUAUGGAAACAGGAUUCAUUAUAUUUUUGUUGAUUGCAAAAAUUGUAACUUAGACGCAAAAUGGAUGGAUUUAAUAAAACAGAUUUCAUAUUAUUUUUGA